GCUGUUGAUACUUGGUGUCAGUAAAUAAUUACUCACGUCAUCAACCGGUUCAAUUAAUAAUCUCAAUUGUAACUAUUAAUAUAAAUUUUUUAGUGCUGCUUUAAUUAAAAGCUUAUAUUGUUUAUCAUGAAAAUAAUUGUCAAGAUAUUCAUCAACUGACAUUUGUCUAAUUUGUAAAUAAAUAAACAAACAACAAAAUUGUGUGCUUGACACAUUAAAAAAUAAAAUUAUAGAUAUUAAUUAAUAAUUUAAAAUUGACCUUAAUUUGUGAAAAGAUGGAUUAUACAGGAAGAAUUCCAGCACAAUUAGAAAAAUCAAGACAUGCAAAAUAUUUUAAAAGAAUACUUCAUGUUAUGCCAAGUCAAAUGGCACCAUAUGAUUCAAACAGAAUGAUGUUCGCAUAUUUUGCAAUAUCUGGUUUAGAUAUGUUAAAUUCAUUAGAUAUGAUUGAUGAUAAUGAUAGAUUAGCAGCAAUUGAAUGGAUAUACAGAUUACAAAUUAAAAAUGCUGGUAUAAGAUCUGGUUUUAUGGCAUCAACAAUGCUACCAGAUAAUACACCAGAUUAUCAAUGUGGUUAUUUACCAAUGGCAUAUACUGGAUUAGCAACAUUACUUGUUCUUGGUGAUGAUUUAUCAAGAGUUGAUAAAAAAUCAUUACUUGAAGGUAUCAAAGCAUGUCAAAGUGAUGAUGGUUGUUUUAUUGCAAUGAUAACUGGUAGUGAAAGUGAUAUGAGAUUUAUUUAUUGUGCUUGUUGUGUAUCAUCAAUGCUAGAUGAUUGGUCUGGUAUUGAUAAAGUUAAAGCUGUUGAUUAUAUAAUUAAAAGCAUUUCAUAUGAUGGAGCAAUGGGACAAGGUCCAGGACUUGAAUCACAUGGUGGAUCAACAUUUUGUGCUGUUGCAAGUUUAUACCUGAUGAAUGAAUUGGACAAUGCAUUGAGUAAUGAUCAACUGGAUAAAUUAAAACGUUGGUGUUUAAUGAGACAAAGUGAUGGAUUUCAAGGUAGACCUGGUAAACCAUCUGAUACAUGUUAUAGUUUUUGGAUUGGUGCAACUCUUAAUAUACUUGGUGUUGCUAAUUUAACUGAUCCAAAUGAAAAUCGUGAAUUUGUAUUGAGCACACAAGAUUCAAGAAUUGGUGGUUUUGCUAAAUUUUAUGACACCUGUUCAGAUCCACUGCACACUUAUCUUGGUCUUUGUGGAUUGAGCCUUCUUGGUGAACCUGGUUUGCAAUCAAUGAAUGCUGCACUUAAUAUUUCAGAUCGUGCUUAUAAUCAUUUAAAAGAAAUUCAUAAAAAAUGGAAACUUGAGUGACAAAAUAAUUAUUAAUACAGUAUUUAAUUAAGCUCACUUGUUCAUAUCAAACGCACACUUAAUUUACAAAUUUUAAAAAUAGUUAAAAAUCAUUAAAUAAUUAACAAUGAGCAGAAAUAAAUUCAUGUCAAUUAGACUAGAAUAUUAUACUGCCAAUAAAUGCCUUGAAAUAUUUUAAAUCAUUAUUUUUAUUUAUUCAAAAUAAAAAGCCACAAAAGUUGAUAGUAAAAACAACAGCACAAUAAAUAUUAUUACUGCUUUUAAAAUGUUAAUUGAUAUAUAAAAAAAAAAAAAAUUCCAACUGUUAAAAAUAUAAAUAAAUAAACAACAAUUGCUUUGAGUAAAAAAAAAAAAAAAACAGGUUUAUUUAUAUUUUUUGUUAAAAAUUAAUAAUUUAAAAAUUAUUUAUUUUGUGAGGUGUAUUUGUCUCUCCCCACUCUGGUGUUCAAAGUAAUCCAUGGCAACGGGUGCGCGGGGUUGGCCAAGUUGGUGACAUGACGAUGAGAGUACAACACAACUAUAAAAAUACUUUUAAUAUCUAUCAGACGUCGUAUGACCGCUCCCGAAGUAACAACGUAUAUUUUUAAUUUCGAAAAAAAAUAUUUUGAAAAUAUAAACAGUGUCUGUGUGGAUUAACUCAUCGAAAUAGUGGCUAAAUUGUUUAUUAAUAAUUUAGAUAAUUAUUAAAUUUAUAAUUAUCAAAUCUUCAUUUAAAUGUGCACAAGUUUUUGGAAAAAAAAAUUGUUUAUUUAUAAUAAUUAAACUAGAAAAAACACAUCUACUUUCACUGUGCCAGUAGAGUCAUACUUGACUCACAUCAUUUAUCGAGGUGGCGUGGGGUAGUGCUGUGAUGGAGUUGCAAAGUUGGGUGCUUUAUCAUUUGGUUGCUGCAACUGACUGCAAUCAAACUUUAUGUUGUUGAUAAUAUUGCACGACUUUUUAUUUUAAAAAAAUUCGUUUGCACGCUAAGUAUUUAAGUACCUGGAAACCUCAAUUACAAAACAACAAAAAAAAAAAAAAAAGUCUUAUUUGAAUUUUAAUUUAAUCACAAUAAUCAAGUGAUUUAACUUAAAUUUUCACAUCAAUUUUUAAUUUAUUUAAAAACCAAUAAAGUUGGAUGUCCAGUUGAUGUUUUAAAUAAAAAAAAAAAA